AUCUGAAGGCUCCUAUGAUCCUGAAUGGAGUGUGUGUGAUCUGGAGAGGCUCGAUUGAUCUUCAGCGUUUGGAUGGGAUGGGUUGUCUGGAAUAUGAUGAUGAGAGGGCACAGCAUGAGGAUGCUCUAGCCCAGGCAGCCUUUGAGGAAACCCGCAGAAGGACUCGUGAUUUUGAGGACAGGGAUCGCUCGCACCGUGAGGACAUGGAGCAGAUGCCGAUGGCACAGCUCAGUCAUUUAAUAACUCAGGAGGACCCUGUGGCAUCAAAAAUCUGGGACUGAUGGCCUUCAAGGACCAGGCCCAGGCGACAGCAGGACCCAAGCCCUGGCUCCAACAUGGGCAACACUGAUGAUCACAAGAUGCGCUAGCGGCAUUCACCAAAGUGGGCAGGGAUAGGGUCAUAAGACCUCCAACACCACAGCAAUCUCAUCUCCUGAUGCCUUGUUUAUCACAGGACAGACCAAAGUCCACACCGGUGGGGAUUUUUGGAUGGGGUGUUUGGUGAAGGGGCUGGGUGGGUUGGGCUGGGCUGGUAUUGAUGUGAGUCAGAGAUUCAUUUGCAUUUGAUUUAGUCCCUCGUUUCUUCUUGGGAUUUUUGCACUAUGUGAUAUGUUCAGUUUAAGUCCCUCAUAUCGCCUUUCGGUAUGCAUGGUUUUCCUACCUAUGUUUGCUCUUGUUCCCCCCUAUGCAAGGCAUCUUAUUUUAUCCUAUUGUAAUGAAAUGGCAUUUUUUAAUUAUUUUAUUUGUAUUGUGUGU